AUGGAAAAAGAAGUCGAUUUCGGAAAGCCAAGAAGGAUUUUGUAUAUCACAGGCUCGAUGUUGGGAAGCUUAGCAAGUUACUAUAUGCGAACACUCUUCUACUCCAGACAGUCAAGAUAUAAAAGUGGCUGUCCAUAUAUUAAUUUUGAUAGACCGUGGAUAGGAACACUAGUAAUGACUAUUGGCAUCUCCAUUUGUACAUUAGUUUAUUAUAUUCAAACUUUGAUAGAUCCAAAAAAUUAUCCAAAAAUUACACACAUUCCGUUAUACAUCUAUUUAAUGAUUGUUCUACCAGCAUUAUUAGAUAUAUUGAUAUCUGCAAUCUACUCAUUUGCAAUUUCAGAGAAUACGGGAUCAAUUUCAAUUGCAAUUAGAUAUUUCGAUCUACUUUUUGUCAUUAUUAUACAGAACAUAUUUAUGACUCCAAUUCAUUAUGCAUAUCAAUGGUUUGCACUCGGAAUCGUAACACUUGGAAUUAUAUUCGUUUCAAUUGGAGUUCUUUUAGGCUCCCAAUUUAAAGCAAAGCUACUUCCUACCAUUCUUCAGUUAAUUGCACAGCUAAUCAUGUCAAUAAGAACUAUCAUUAUCCAAAAAAUUUUACAUGAAAAUGAUGUUUCUCCUUGGUUAUUUACAGGAAUUGACGGAAUAUAUGGAUUUUUACUUGUUCUUUUCGGAUUCUAUCCAAUUGCGAAUUUCUUACCUGAACAUUCAUUUGCUUCUUUGCAUGAAAGCUUUUGUUCUUCAAUUUUGUUGACUUUUCAUUCUUUGACGAUUAUUCUUUUAUUUUUGAUUUAUAUCCCGAUUACUUGUGUAUAUAAUGGCUGUACAACAGGAACUAUCAUGACUACUAAUGCUGUAGGAUUCACUAUUGUUGAAAUGAUCAGUGGAUCAAUUGCAUGGAUUAUAGAUUUGAUUAUUUAUCAUGCUUUCAAUGGAAAAUUCAUAUUGAGAUCAGAUGAAAAGUUUGGAGUUAGAUGGACUGAUAAAAGCUACUUUAGAUUGAUUGGAUCAUUAACUUUCCUUCUAGGAGGAGCUAUUUAUUUGAAAAUAAUCAAAUUCCCAUGUUUUAAGUAUCCGGCUGCAUCUGUGACGAAAAUAAAUAUAUCUGAAACUCCAUCUGAAGUGAAUUUUGAAGUUUAA